CCCUGCUGCUGUUGGGCUGGCGAUUGCCGCUCGCUCCAGCUGAGCUCAGAGUAGCAGCCGCACCGGGGCAGGGACGGACUGCAGCCCUUGGACUCGGGACACCGCAGCACCUUCCCUUGCGAGCGUGACUCAUUCUCACAUCAUUUCUGUUUAUGCCCGGGGUGGGGAGAAAAAUCCCAAACCAGCUGUGUAAAUGAGUAUGGAAGAUUAUGACUUCCUGUUCAAAAUCGUUUUAAUUGGCAACGCCGGUGUGGGGAAGACGUGCCUAGUCCGACGAUUCACUCAGGGUCUUUUCCCCCCAGGUCAAGGAGCCACAAUUGGAGUUGAUUUUAUGAUUAAGACAGUGGAGAUCAAUGGUGAAAAAGUAAAGCUACAGAUCUGGGACACUGCAGGACAGGAGAGAUUUCGCUCCAUUACCCAGAGUUAUUACCGCAGCGCCAAUGCCUUGAUCCUCACCUAUGACAUUACCUGUGAGGAAUCCUUCCGCUGCCUGCCUGAGUGGCUGCGAGAGAUAGAACAGUAUGCCAGCAACAAGGUCAUCACCGUGCUAGUGGGCAACAAGAUUGACCUGGCUGACAGGAGAGAGGUCUCCCAGCAGAGAGCUGAGGAAUUCUCAGAAGCUCAGGACAUGUAUUACCUGGAGACUUCAGCCAAGGAAUCAGAUAACGUAGAGAAACUCUUCCUUGACUUAGCAUGCCGACUCAUCAGAGAAGCCAGACAGAACACACUGGUGAACAAUGUAUCCUCCCCCUUACCCGGAGAAGGGAAAAGCAUCAGCUAUUUGACUUGCUGUAAUUUCAACUAAAGGCUGAGAGACGAGGAGAAGCAAGAGGAAUCAGCAGCUGCCCUUGACGGGGCCAUGAGUUGCUAGGGAGCUCUGGCGGUGACUGUGGCCCCCGCUCUCGGACCUUCUGAAUCCUGUGGGCUCCUGAGCUUACAAAGCAUGCAGGCCAAGGGCCUUGUCCAUAGGCCAGCAUUAGCAGAACCUAUCUUUCAUCUUUUUGCAGUCUGGAGCUGGAGCAAGGAGAAAAUUGCGCCAAGUGCUCCAUGAUCUGCAGAGCAUGUUGCUUUUGUUUUUUUCAAAAGGCAAGUUAAAGCGCAUUCCUGAACAUAGUCCAGGGGGUAAUAUACUGUAGGAUUCCCUCCUGCACGUCAGCGGGUGCAUGCCGGGUUGCGGGGGGGGCGGGGGCUGCUCUUUAGGGCUUCAGUGGUAAUCUCCUGGUGGCCCUGUUGUCUUGUCCACCAGAGACAGCCAAACUGGCAAGGCCAAGGACUACCUCUGUGGUGGGUGUUAAUGACCCCCCCCUUCCCCACCAUGGAGAGUUUGAAAAGUGUUAUUUCUUCCGUCCACAGGCACUUUCAAAAACUUUGGGAAGUAAACAUGAAAUGAAACCUUUACCCAUGACCAACAGUAACACUUAAAUUGUUUUAAUAAUAUAUACAAGCUCCAUGACUCCUUUUGGUGCUAAUGAUUCUGCUCUAUCACAGACCAAACAUGUUUAGUACUUCGAUGUCCUUACAUGUAUUCCAGAGAAAUAAAAAAAAAAAAAAGAAACUGGGGGAAAUCUAUGAAUCAGCACUCUUUUUCAAAGUCUCAUUAUUACCUAGACUAGAUUUGUUGGAAAAGAGGAUCCUUUUUUUUGCUUUCAUUAUUCCCCAUUAAAUCUCUUCUGGCAGUUUUCUUCUAUUAUUUCAGUUUUCCUGCUCUUUGAGCAAAUAAAGAUUGGAAAAAAUAAGAAUGAUUAAUGCUAUUCUAAUGUCAACAAUUAGUUGUAAGACUUUGAACAUAAUAUGAAAAAACUGAACAGAUACGACCAAAAUACUGUGGAUUAAUGGACUGCAAAGCAGGGUUCCAGGCAGAGUGCAGUCCUUAAUAACAGGUCAUAUUCUUUACUUCCUGGUACUAUCCUUGGACAGACCAAGGCUUAAGAUUUUGUAGAUAUCUUAGUAUAGUAAGUGAGAAUAACAACAGAUGAAGUCUCACAAACCAGUUUUGUAUAUCUUCAAUGACUUUAGAAAAAUCCUGUAUGUGGAAACAGGAUGAGCUGUCAUUUAUCAUCUCAUAACAAUGUUACUCUCAGAUCCAUAAGACAUUCUUGUGUCUUUCUCUUCUGUUUCCUGGUCUCCUUUUGGUUCUCCUCUCUCUCUCAUUCUGAUAUGCAUGUGUUACUGAAAAUCUCCAAUUCAAAUGGAGGGAUCUAGGCCUUUACUUAGCCAGUUUUAAAACAGGAGUCAAGUAGGAAGAUGUGCUGUUGAGCAUGUAUUCCUUUUUUUCAGUGCCGUACUCUCAUACCUUCCUAUUUGUUCACUGAUAGGCAUGCAAAUUGGGGAAGUAAUUAAACCUGUAUGCUGUCAGUACUGUCAGAUGUUUGGGCAGCUUGCUGCCUACCAGACCUGAGGGAUGAAUAUAGAAUAAGGAUAUGACAUGUCAUUCCAUUGUUGCUUUAGAUGGUGACAGUCUCGGCUCUGAUGUGUUGAUGAUGUUUGAAAGCUAUUUCAUUGGAAAGGGUUGAGUCAUGCCAGGCCUGAUAUUGAUAAAGCAUUUGUGGAACUUCUCUGUCAGGCUCCAGAAUAACCAAUCUUUUCACAUGAGAUGACAUGUACACAAAUUGUGAAGGGACUCUUACUUCUUGUUGGUUCCACUGUUUUCUUGGAAGGCCAAUUGGACCC